AAGAGAAAGAGAGAGAGAGCCUCCCUUCCCCACCUAACAACAACCCCAGCCCCGCAGGCUCGAGCACAACGACCCCACCCCCCAACCCCCUCUGAGAGAGGAUCCGGAGCGCGCAGAGAGGCACACACGGAGAGUCACGGAGAAAAAGAGAGAAAAGGGACCCGGAUCUGUUUCAAUCCGGGCCUAAUGCUGUAGCGGACAGCGCGGGGAGGAGAGCCGAGAGACAACGCGCUGAUUGAGAGAGUGGGUGAGGAGAGACCACGGGAUCGCUCACUCGCCUGGAAACAUGGGAUGUACACUGAGCGCCGAGGAGCGCGCCGCUCUGGACCGGAGCAAGGCCAUCGAAAGGAACCUGAAGGAUGACGGGGCGGUGGCCGCCAAGGACGUGAAACUGCUACUGCUCGGCGGCGGAGAGUCCGGGAAAAGCACCAUCGUCAAACAGAUGAAGAUUAUCCAUGAAGAUGGCUUUUCUGGGGAUGAUGUGAAGCAGUAUAAGCCUGUGGUCUACAGCAACACCAUCCAGAGCUUGGCCGCCAUCCUCCGAGCCAUGGACUCACUGGGCAUCGAGUUUGGAGACAAGGAUAGAAAAGCGGAUGCUAAGCUGAUCUGUGAUGUGGUCACUCGUAUGGAGGACACAGAGCCGUACUCUGCGGAGCUUCUCAGUGCGAUGCAGCAUGUUUGGGCCGACGCCGGCCUGCAGGAGUGCUUCAGCCGCGCCCGGGAGUACCAACUCAACGACUCUGCUCAAUACUACCUGGACAGUCUAGACCGGAUCGGGGCGCCGGACUAUCAGCCCACAGAGCAGGACAUCCUGAGAACCCGAGUGAAGACCACUGGCAUCGUCGAAACCCACUUCACCUUCAAAAACCUCCAUUUCAGGCUGUUUGACGUGGGGGGUCAGAGGUCAGAGAGGAAGAAGUGGAUCCACUGCUUUGAAGACGUGACCGCCAUUAUCUUCUGCGUUGCUCUGAGUGGAUACGACCAGGUGCUCCAUGAAGAUGAAACAACUAACCGCAUGCAUGAGUCGCUCAUGCUCUUUGACUCCAUCUGUAACAACAAGUUCUUCAUCGACACCUCCAUCAUCCUCUUCCUCAACAAGAAGGAUCUGUUUGGUGAUAAGAUCAAGAAGUCACCGCUGACGAUCUGUUUUCCAGAAUACACAGGUGCUAAUACUUACGACGAUGCUACCGCAUAUAUUCAGGUUCAGUUUGAGAGUAAGAACCGCUCCCCCAACAAGGAGAUCUACUGUCACCUGACCUGUGCCACAGACACAGGAAACAUCCAGGUAGUGUUUGAUGCCGUCACUGACAUCAUUAUUGCAAACAACCUUAGAGGGUGUGGCUUAUACUGAGGCCUGGCCAAGCACAGGGGUUGUCAUGGGGAGUAUGAGGUGUUAAUAAUGAUAAUUUUGAUGAUACUUAAAACACAUAAAUAUGUAAUUCUACACGUCCAAAUGGACCCAAAGAGCUGCCGUCCGACACCACACCGGAUUAUCGCCAUGAUUUGUUCCCUCCCUCUCAUUUUGAUUUCAAUAUACAAUCCCAGUUUUGUCUUUUUAAAAAAUUGUGUUUUUGAGCUGAGUGUUUCAUGUUUCGUUGAUGACCGUGUCAACAACCAGGGAGGAUCAGAAGGGGGCGGCACCAGGGUUGUAUUCAGCUAGAGCCUCGAUUUUGCAGAACUCAGAGUGUGCAAUGUCAUUUUUAAACACAGCGUGGACUAAUUGUCCCUUUCUUAAUGUAAUGUUUUGAUGUAGAAGUCUGAAGGCAUUGAUAUCUGUCCUGAAUUUAGCCUGUUGUGCUGCGUUUGAAGAGCUGCUGUGUGUUUGAAGGUGGAGAUGAUGUUGAUGAAGUUAGGGAGGUGCUGUACUCGUGGCUGAGGGUCAUGGUGGGGAAGGAGGCUAUUUUAACUUUCAGACGGGACAAAGCUCCCCUCUCCUUACGACCCACACAUGACUGAGUCGCCUGCAGGUCUUUUCCACUCUCUGUUUUCUCUUUUUAUUCUUAAACAUAAUGAAAGAGAGGAUUCUUCUCUUCAGAGUGGCGGCCCAUUUCCAUUGGCCUCCUGUAGCGUGAGGAAUCCAGCCAAUGAUAUCUUUAAAAAAUAAAUUUUAAAAUCCUCAUAUCGGUGCCAACCAUCUGAGAAGGACAGUUUAGGAAAAUGAAAUCACACUAUCGCAGAUUAUUAUCAUCGAAUGAUUUAUUUAUUUUAGCCUCAUGCCCUACAUGCCUCCUCCUACAUCCUGAAAUCCCGUGCCACAUAUUUAUUUCCUGACAUAAGAAACUGGGGUACACACCACCUGUUCGGAGGGUAGAAAGCAGCCUUCCAAUGACAUCUUGUUCUCCGUGUGGUGCUUUACCCCUCGAUGUGAAUCUGUGUAGAAGUAGAAGACUGCACGAGAACAAUAUCAUUUGAGGAAGGGGGGGGGGCUCCGAGUUUUUCCCAAAGCUCGUCUCCCCUGAUCAGUAAGCAGGGAACAACCACCACCACCACCCCCACCACCCCCCACCCUGUCUGUCACAUUUCUCUUUACACAGAGAAAAGUACAGCUCUCCAUUUUUACCUGUGCACCCAGAAGUUUAUCUCCCCACCCCCGUAUACUCUUUAUCUAUCACAUAUCAGUCCCCAUAUCCUAUCUCCAUUUUCACCUUAAAAGCACCGUACUGUAUAUAUAUUAUGAUUAUACCAGAUUUUUUUUUUACUGUGAAUGUUUUUGUGCUGCACCCCCCAUCCUAUUUGGUAGUUUAUUGGUUGCUCUCAUGUGGAAUGUUUGUGCUGAGCCAAUCGAAUGUUGUGUUUACAUUAAAGCCACACUUUUCCUAACGACUCCUGCUGCUUGUGUUCGAGUCUCAUUACACUGACGGCGGAAACGAAGUGGAGAAGAACUCUGAAAGUAGCAUUAUUAUUUCAGUGUAAUGUAAAAGUUAUAAGCCACGCCUUCAAAAAUCUUACUUAAAACUACAGGAUAGGAUCAAAAUAUAGUAGCGAAAGUAAAAAUAAUCCUUCUUCACGAAAGGCCCAUUUCAUGAUGAUAUAACUGGAUGGUCAUGGUUAUGCUCACAUCACUUUUGGUAAUAACUUGUUGUAAAAUUCAUCUUUUACUUUGUUUUUUUUAUAGUUGUAUCUGUUUUUUAUGGCAAAUUAAUUGCACUUUUAUGUGUGGUGCUUUGGGGAGGUAGACAAAGGAAAACUGAAAGAAAUAGACAUUAAAUAAAAUAAUACUCAGGCAUAUUUAUCGCUCUAAAUCUUAAGCUUUAGCAAUACCAUAAAGGAGUCAGUGGUCUUUAGCUGCACGUUUAACUGAACAGAUCCUUCAUCUGGCCCUCAAAAUGAGCAGAUUUUAAAACACAGGUUGUGAACAUUUGAAAAGAUUGACAAUCCAAAAUAUUUUCUUCUGUAUUGUCUUUAUUAUGAUGAACUAAGAAUAUCUAUAUUAAAUGUCAGUUUAAAAUCCAGAAACAUUAUUGUGCACUGUCAUAAAUAAAUGUUUUUUAAUGCUUA